GUGUGGUGCUGCUGCUGCUCCUGGGAUGUUUUUUUGCCCGAGACGCGGUGACUGCCACGUGCGCAUGGACACCGUGCACUGCCGCCUACAGCUGGAUUGCCAUGGUCCACGCGUACACGAUCUGCCAGCGCCACCCGAUCCGCGCGACCUAUGUUAUUGCGCUCGCCGGCGUUGGUACGCUCUGUGCGAAUCUCAGCUUUGCCAUCGCACUCUUCUUCUCGGCGCUACUCCCGCCGCGCUUUUGGCAUGGCCUCGAGCUCCUUCAGUACAUGCGCGUCGUGGUUUCCAGUACAGUGUUUGAACCCAAACAACGUUUCGAAUACUGGAUCCUCGUCACGUUGCUGGCGACGCCGAUUUCGCUGCUCUCGCUCCUGGUCGCGAUCGUCCUCGUAUCGCCACUCUUUCCAUUCUGCGGCUCGACCCUCUUUCUUGCGGGGUUUCCGCGGCCCCGACGCUUCUGGAGCUCGUACGAAACGUGGCACGAUGGCGAGGAUGGGUGCUAUUAUGAGCAUUUCUUUGACGCGCUUACGCUCGAGCUUCCAUUGCUCUUGGGACCGGCGUCCGUCUUGCACCAGCGGUCGCAUGAGGGCGGCAACGACGUCUACCUCGUUCGCGUCGACGACUUUCUCGGUCUUCUCGAGGUGCUCGAGCUCAGCACGGACUACUGCGUCGUGCGCUUCAAGGGAUUGGAGCUCCAGGAGACGACGAGUUGCCAUCAUCUCGAAGCGUCCAAGCUCGACGAUGUCAUUGCUGACGCCUUUGACGAAGUGAAUGUGAGUGGCGACGACGAUGGCGCACUCCACAGAUUGCCGUCGCCACGCACGUUUACGCCACUGCUGCGGACCCCGAUUCGCAUGUACACCAUUUCAACGGUGACGUUGACCGAUUUCUUGGACGAUCCGAAAUGCCUCGACCUCAUCCACGAAACCUUUUACGUCACCUUGGUCUCGGAGCUGAAUCGCGUGACGCAUGGGUCUGUGCCGGAGAUCUGGCUCUCGUUCCCUGUCUCGAUAUCGGGCUUGGACUUCGUGCUCAAGGAAUUCCCCACGCUCUACUGGGACUACCUGCAAGGCAAAAACAAAAAGCAGCGUCACGUUCCGAAUCCGCGCGACAUUCUCAAGGCCGACGAGAUACCAGUGCCGGCGCCAUCGCGGGAGCCGCGCCGGUCGUCGCUCAAGCUCGCCGCCGACGCCAUUCUCCGUCUCGUGACGCACCUCAAGCCCGUCCGAGCGUCCAUCUCGGCGGCGCCAAAAGCGCAGACGUUGGUGAAAGCCCCCGACCAGCGCACGGCGUCGCAAAAGGAGCGUUUGGAAAUCGCGUACGGUCUCAACGCCACGGAAGCCGCAAGUGUCGACUACGAGUCGUUGGCAAAACAGCGGCCGACAGUGUGCCACGGGCGUCGGUCUUUUCAGUGGGGCGACAUUGAGAGCCACCAGGCGGAGUCGACGCCGUUCGUCAACCCCGGUGUCGCUGUUCGAGCUUCGUUUCUCAAGGACCGGUGGAACAAAGUGACCGAAUUCCACCUCCUUGCAGCCUCAUGUUUUGCGAUUGUCGAAACCCUCGGGUUUGGGGUCCACGAGAAGCGCGGGCCAAACCAUACUUUUGACUGUUUUCAGGGCAACUUUCCUCGGUCUCUCGAGAACGAUUGGCUCCACACCAACACGACCUUGUACGAUGUUGUCGUGCGUGCGUACCGCCUCGCAGUCAAAAUCGGCCUUGACAAGUUUGCGCAAGGCGACAACGAUCUGUACGACACGCCAGACGAACUCGAAGCCACGAUCCACCACUACCAGUCCAAGUGGCACAUUGGACCGCGUCACACCGCCAUGUGGAAGUACUACAUCUCAACGAACCGACCCAACCUCUUUGCCCUCACCAAGAAUGCCAAUGGCCAGUACAUGUCGAACGUCUAUACGCUUGGCCGAAAAGACACCACGCUGGUGGCACUGAACCGGGCGGCGUGCGAAGGCACAUGGCAUGGCCAAGCCCUCGAGCUGCUCUACAUGACCAACGACGACGACGAGCGCUUCUCGAUCCAGUCCAAUUCGCAGCUACUGCGCAACCUCCUCGUGCAGUCGGCGGACCCCCCCUUGGGCUACCCCGUCUAUAGCACGGGCGCCGUCUUUAUCAAACUCUAA